UUGUAAAAAGGAGAGUUUCCCCUUUGAUGUUGAAACAUUUGAAUAACGUUGAUGCAAUCUAAGAAAAUUGAGCAAUACACGCAGACAAACAGCAAUAACACUGGUAAAAGGUUAUAAAAACAGCGAAAGAAGAUAUAUAAUAGCUAAAAAUGGCAGACGGAUACAAAUCUUAUGGGGAAGAUAAUUCUCAAUACUUUUAUUACAAUCAACAGUAUCCUCCACAAUUUUAUUAUCAAUAUGACCCUCAGAAUUACAAUCAAGGGGUAGAUAAUUCACAAAAUUUUUACCAAGGGGGAGGUAAUCCACAACCUUAUUAUUAUCAAGAAAAUCAGCAGAACUACUACAGUCAGGAACCUGAGGGAAGAGAAAUUCCUGAUACUCAUGGUAUGAAUGAAAGACCAGGUAAUCCUCAGAAUAGUAGAGGCAGGGGAGGCUCUAGAGGAAAGUUCCAAGGCUCAAGAGGAAGGGGUAAACAACAACCAAAUGCAGAUGAAAGACACUCACCAAGACCCCAUUUUCAGGAACCAAUAUCAGGAAAUAAAGAAAGAACUGAUUUAAAUGAUUCUAAGGAAAAUUUUCCUAAUAGUUAUAGAAAUAAAAACUAUUCAGAGAACACUAGAAGUAGGGGAAGGGGACGGGGACAGCAAUAUAAUAGUAGACAGUUUCAAAGACAUAAUACAGAUAGAGAGGGAAAUACAGAUAACAAUGAUAGAAAUCAAUAUUACAAGGGUGAUAGAAGGAGAGGGGACAGAUAUGGAAUGGAAGAUGAUAGAGGUGGUUCAAAUCAAUCAAAACAUUCUGAGGCUAGGAAUGAAUAUGUUAGGGAAGGUUAUACACAACAAAGACAUGUAGUGAGCUCAAAGAAAGACACAGGUAUUGUUUAUGAUAAAUCAAGAAACAGUAAUGACAAUUCAAAUGGUCGACAAAGGACUAAUGAGAGAAGAGAGGGUAACUGGAAGGAUAAAAAUAAACAGUAUUCAGGAGGUGGCAAGUCGUCACCUCACCUUGUUGAAAUGGAUAAAAAUAGACAGUAUUCAGGAGGUGGGAAGUCCUCACCUCAUCUUGUUGAAAUGGAUAGUAAAGCCAGUUUUUCACGGAGAAAUAAUCCACAACAAAGCCACCUUACUGAUAAUAGAUACCAAGAGGACAGUGGCACAGAGAAAAAGUAUAAGUUUCCACCAGCAGAUAAAAAGUUCAUCAGUAAAAAACAGAUGAUAAAAAAGGUCUUAGCUGGAAAAGUGGACGAAACACAAAGAGGUUUACUAAUAGAGCAGUUAACAUUAGGAUCUUAUGAGUGUAUGGUUUGUUGUGAGACAGUUAAAUGUCAUCAUGCAGUUUGGAAUUGUCCUGGAUGUUUUCAUGCCUUUCAUCUUAUAUGUAUUAAAAAAUGGGCCAGGUCUCCUGCAGCUUUAAUGGAAGGUGAAGGAUCAGGAUGGCGAUGUCCAGCUUGUCAAAAAGUUACAGAUAAAUUUCCAAACCAAUAUAUAUGUUUCUGUGGUAAAAUAAGAGACCCUCAAUGGGAUCGUAUGGAGACACCUCAUAGUUGUGGACAAGUUUGUGGGAAGAGUAGGGGAGAUAACUGCUCACAUCAGUGUAACAUAUUAUGUCAUCCAGGACCAUGCCCACCUUGUAAUGCUGUGGUAAAUAGAAAUUGUGCAUGUGGUAAAGAAAGUAAAUCUGUGAAGUGUAGUAUAACUGAUGUGAUGAAGUGUGAUACUAUUUGUGGUAGAGUGUUAAACUGUGGAAAACAUUUCUGUAAAGGGUCCUGUCAUGGCGGGUCUUGUGAACCAUGUGAAGAAAUUAUUGUUAAAGAAUGUUAUGGAUCACAUGAGAAGAUGGAGGUUAAAUGUGGCUGUGUUGAAUCCUUUAGUAAAUCUUAUAGUUGUGGGAACCCUUGCAAAAAGUCAUUAGAAUGUGGUCACCACGAAUGUGAUAUGGUAUGCCAUGCUGGAGACUGUAAAACCUGUGAAACAUUACCUGAGGUGGUCACUAACUGUCCUUGUGGUGCCACACCCCUCUCUGACCUGUCUACAGAAAUCAGGACAUCAUGUACUGACCCUAUACCAACUUGUGGUCAGAUCUGCAAUAAACCCUUGGGCUGUGGACCUCCAGAGAAUGUACACAAAUGUCAAGAAAAAUGCCAUGAAGGGCCAUGUGGUCCUUGUGAUGAUGUUACCACACUUAGAUGUCGCUGUGAUUCUAAAGAUAAAGACUUCCCAUGUAAGGAGGUGCAUCAAUUUACAGAGGAUAAUCCAUUUACGUGUGAAAGGCGCUGUAAUAAGAAAAGAUCGUGUGGCAGACAUAAAUGUGGACAGUUGUGUUGUGUAAAUGAAGAACAUUUCUGUAUUCUACAAUGUGGCAGGAAAUUGAGCUGUGAGCUUCAUAAAUGUGAUGAGCCUUGUCAUCGUGGGAACUGUCCUCCAUGUUUAAUGACAAGUUAUGAUGAAUUGACCUGUAAUUGUGGUUCUGAAGUGAUGCUACCUCCUAUACCUUGUGGAACCAAACCACCAGAAUGUAGAAAUCUGUGUGCACGACAACAUGACUGUGAUCAUACAGUUUAUCAUUACUGUCACAGUGAAGAGAACUGCCCACCCUGUACUGUGUUGACUGAGAAGAGAUGUAUGGGUAAUCAUGAGCUGAGAAAGAACAUUCCUUGUCAUCAAACUAAUGUGUCAUGUGGUUUACCAUGCAACAAGGUGUUGCCAUGCCAACAACACAAAUGUGUGAAAACUUGUCAUUCUGGUGAUUGUCAGAAGGAAGGAGAUAAUUGCAUUCAGCCUUGUAGGAUAAAAAGGAAAGACUGUAACCAUAUUUGUGGAGUUCCCUGUCAUUUUGGAUCACCUUGUCCACAAACUCCUUGUAAAGCUGAGGUUUUAUUGAUUUGUAAAUGUGGAAAUAAAGAAGCUAAAGUGCCUUGUUUAUCUGGAGCUGCUCAUGAUACAGCUGAAUACCAAAAAUUAACUGUACAGAGUUUGGCUGGUUCCCUGCAUUCAGGACAACCAGUAGAUAUAUCACAACUGGGAAAGAAAAAACUGAAAAGACAGUUAGAAUGUGAUGCUGAGUGUGCAGUAAUGGAGAGGAAUCGUAGGAUGGCAUUAGCUCUAGAAAUCAGAAAUCCUGACAUCGCUGCCAAACUUGGUAAUCCUACAUAUACAGACUUUUUAAAGGAUUAUGCAAAGCAAAAUCCUCACUUUGUUUCAUCAAUUGAAAAGGCAUUAAGUGAAUUAGUGAAAAGUGCUAAACAGUCGAAGCAGGCACAUAGAUCCAAUUCAUUCUCACCAGGAAACCGUGAUCAAAGACGAGCCAUACAUGAGCUUGCAGAAUGCUAUGGAUGUGAGACACAGAGUUAUGAUUAUGAACCAAAGAAAAAUGUUGUGGCUACUGCUUAUAGGGAUAAAUGCUGGCUUCCUUCAGUGACAUUAACAUCUUACGUACAAAGAGAACUACACCCUAAGGCACCAUUACCUAUACCUCAUGUACACUCAGAGGCUGCCUUAAAGCAAUCUGCAAAAGCAGCCAGACAAAGUACGGAUGUUUUAUCUGAUAUCAAACCACCAUCAAGAUGGGAGGCUAAAACAGACGUAAAAAAACACAAACCAGAAAUAGACUAUUUUGAUUUUUCAUCGAAUUGAUGAUUUAUGUAUAUCUAUUAACAAGAAAUAUUUGUUAUUUGUUGACUUAUUCAAAAUUUAUUUAUGUAUUAUUGUAUUAUGAGAAUGAUUUAAUAAUGAUGACUUGAAGUAUACAAAAAAGUAUGAUUCAAGAAGAUAAGAUGGAAAAACAAAAAAAGCCUUAAAAAAUUUAAUUUCAAAUUAAAAAAAAAUCUUUUAAGACUUCUCGCUCAAAAUUAUGCUUGAAAAAAGAGGUAAAUUUUCUAUAUUCUAAUGAGAAAAAUUGAGGUACUUACCAAAAUAGCAGAGGCCACCCAAUACAGUAGGUUAAGCAAAAAAUUAUAGUUAUUGAAUGAUCUUGAUGUUUGCUUUCUAUGUGUUCUAAUAGAUUUACUUACUUGUAUUUAUAUCUAUAUGAACCUCAUAUCUGCUAAGGAAACAAACAUAAGUUGAUAAUUUCUAGAGAUGAUAAAUUCUUUUACAGUAUGUUUUAUUUUAUAUGAAUAGAAUUCUUUCUCAUCUAAUAAAGUUGUGUGAAUUACUUGACAUAUGAGAAUUGAAUUGAUAAUUAAGAUGCAAAAUAUAAUCAAUUUUAAUAUAUUUGCUGAAAGUCCUUGGUUUGGAGUAUACAUUUUUACAACAAUUUAUAUGGCAACCAUGCCAUCUGUAUAAAUAUAUUAGUAUAAUAAGUAAUAUACAUUUACAUGUUUGUGACACUUAAAUUUUUUUCUCUCAAUAAAACUAUAUGGCAUGAAGGAAUACAGGUUUGUUGAAUGUUUGCGUUGCUUGCUUCAUGUCACAUAUUCUUUAUUCACUAAAAAUUCUAGAUAUGAUAAUUGUGGUAUAAAUGAAAUAACCAUACAUUGUCUAGAAUGUAAAAUGGAUUUGAACUUGGCUCAAAGCAGGCCAUUUUCACUUGAUUCUUAGCCUUAAACAAUUUUGUUUAAUUUGAUAGAAUGUACGAUUACUCCCGAUGUAUUUUAAAGGAAUAAUUAGCACAAUAUUAUCAAUUUUAUCAAAGCCAUAAGAUAUGAAUAAUAUUGGUAUUUAUAUGCUACAGUAUCUAAUUGCAUUACCCCUUAAAUCAUCUAUUUCAGUAAUUUGUUAAUUGAUUUUUGUGAAAUUGAUAUGUUUCAUUGAUAAACUUGAUAUAUGAAAACAAAAUAUUGUAUGCAAAUCUCCUUAUAUGAUUCAUAUAUGAUGAUGAUGAUGUUAGUGCUAAAAUUAUUUUAAAAGAAGAAAAUGUUUGUUUAAACUUGAAAUUUAAGAGUGAAAUUUGAAUGCAGCUAAUCAUAUUUUAUGAAAUCAAUUGCUUUGCACGUAUACAUAUAUAC